AUGGCGAUCAGAGAAGUUGGUUGUCAAAAUUUUACAAAAAAACAUCUUGAUAUAGAAUUAGAACAUACGGAUCAACCGUUGUUUUAUGUACGUAAAAUAUCAAAAGUUAUGAAUUUUUUACAGCCUGUUUUAGGCUCUUUACCAAUUUUGACUAAAGAUCGAACAGCUACAUAUGUGAUACCAGAUUUUUGUAAACAGUAUCCUAUUCGAACGUCUGUUUUUCGAUCUGCUCUCAUAAAAGAAAAAUUCCAAAUCAACUUCCAGGAACCAACUGCUACCUGCCAUUUCACAAGGUUGGAUUUGUUACUUUUGGUUAUAGAAUUAAGAACUCAAUUAGACCUAGAUAUCAAAGAUGAUAUACUUUUAGAAGCAAUAACUACAGCAUCAGCCAAUAUGGAAAUGAACCAUGAGCGUCUUGAAAC